UUUAAUGCAACGCGUUCGCGUUCUUGACGUAAAUUUUUUGAGUGCAGCUGUGCCAAAGCCGAAUGCCGUAUAGUAAAGAUAUGCGUGUUAGACGGCCCCCCAUUCUGUCUAUUUCAUAAUGAGAGAGAGUGAACAAUAUUUUUUGUAUAACCUACAACAUACUUUGCUUGAGUAUUUAUUCGAUGCAACAUUUUUAAUGUUGUAAAAAGUUCACUAACCUACACCUCAAAAGUUGAGGUAUAUCUACCAACAAACUGAAGGAUAGAAAUAGGAUUGCGCCGUUCUUGCGCUCCGAAAAGAAAAAUACUAUGAGUUGCAUAUGUGCGCUAUAUUUUUUCAACCAAAAUAGAAGUGAUUUUGAGAGAAUAUUUCAGUGAUUUUGUUUUGAUAGUUUUUGUGUUUUAGUUUUUAUUAUAGAAUUGAUUAUAUUCCGCCGUGUUGGUUUUGUUUAUGAGCUCAUCAACUUGUGAAUAUUAUUUAUGCCACACAUAUUGUGAUUGAUGCUAAGUGUCAGUGUAUUUUUGUGGCAUUCCUUUUCGAUAGAAAAAAAACAAAAAAUAUUUUUGUAAACAAAAGCAACAUUUUGUGUUGUUAAAAAUAAUAAUUUAAAUAAUUAAAGUAAAAGCAUUAUAUGGAUAUGCGAAUUUUAAUUUUGCUUGUUUGGUGUACCUACACUACACAAAAACAAUCAACAUUUGCUGUAUUCAGUUCGGAUGCAUUCAACGGAAAUGAGAUUUCAUCUUCUUACGAAAAUUCAAUGCAUAUCGACGAAAAUAUCUGGAAUGCUAAAAGCAUUCAGCAGACGCUGAUGUCAGAUUCGGAUGUACAAGUCACCAGUAAAUCUUCUGCAAGUCCCGAAAUAUCCUUUGAUCAAGAGGGAGAUAUCCAGCAAAUUGCAAGAAGUAAUUUACCAAGGCAUUUAAGAGAUAUAGACAAUGCUGAUGUUGAUGAUGAUGAUGGACAUCUUGGUAGAGACGAAUUCAAUGUAAAAGAGGGAAUUACAUUAACUUCUCAGCAUCAGGAUAGCAGCAUAAAGAUUGACGAAGGGAAUAAUGGCGACGACAACAUUCUGAUGAAUGAUUCGCCCAUGACCAAGUAUGGCAGUUCAUAUCCAUACCCAGCACCACCUCGAAGACAAUCACCAGAAAAGCUGUUGUAUACAAAGGAGAUUAUAUUGAAGCAGGGUAGACUUAAGGGGAUCGUAAGAAGUAUGCAUCCACAAACUGGAUUAAGGGACGUCGACCAAUACCUUGGUUUACCUUAUGCUGAAGCUCCAGUUGGAAGUAGGAGAUUUAUGCCACCAGGAACACCACUGCCAUGGCAAGGGUUAAAAGUAGCGAGGCAUCUACCAUCAGUGUGUCCACAAAAAAUACCAGACAUUUCAAAUGGCAGUGUGAAAAUAGCCAAAGGACGAUAUGAACAAUUAAUUAGACUUUUGCCAUAUCUUAAAACUGAAAAUGAAGACUGUCUUUAUCUCAAUGUUUAUGUACCAAGUGAUUCCGAUGGACUGGAUCAGACCCACAAGUAUCCUGUUAUAGUGUACUUGCAUGGAGAAUCGUUUGAAUGGAAUAGUGGUAAUCCGUAUGAUGGUUCUGUGCUAGCUAGCUAUGGCCAAGUAGUUGUUGUUACAGUAAACUACAGACUAGGAGUUCUGGGGUUCAUGAAACCUGGCAUUAGUGACGAUACCGUAAGUAAUUUUGGCCUAUUAGACCAAAUUGCAGCAUUACACUGGAUAAAGGAGAAUAUUGGAGCAUUUGGUGGAGACAAAAACAGUGUCACACUGAUGGGACAUAGUACAGGAGCAGUAUGUGUUAAUUACCUGAUGGUAUCGCCUGUUGCAUCCGGGCUCUUCCAUCGAGCAAUUUUGAUGUCUGGUUCAGCAAUGGCCGAUUGGGCAGCUUCAAACAAUUCACUACAAUUGACCAUGCAAAUGGCACAUGGACUCAACUGUCCUCUAAACGAUGCUAAUGAAGAAAUGUUGACUUGCUUACGAUCGAAACGGUAUGAAGAAAUCCAAAAAAUACCAACCGCUUUUCCACAAUUUUCUACGUCUCUAGGUCCAAUUGUUGACGGACAUGUAAUUCCAAACCAGCCAUAUAAAGUUAUGAGCCAGUAUACGGAGCUUUUCAGCAGGUAUGAUUUAUUAUUUGGUAUGACAGAAGUCGAGUCUUUUCACACAUUGAAUGCACCUCAACUUGAGAACGGAAUGCAGGAGCAUGAACGAGAUAAUUUAUUGCGUUUCUACAUGCAAAGUCGAUUCGACAUUCGUCCAGAUCUGGCACUGGCUGCAACACUUAAAAAAUACACGGAUAUGUACAACAAUCCUAUUAAAGCAUCCAGUAUGGAGCACCGAGAUGUUGUGUUAGAUAUUUUAUCUGAUGCUCGAGUUGUUGGACCAUUAAUUCAGACAGGACUAUUUCAUGCCGAUGUGAAUCCUAGAAACUAUAUGUACGUGUUUGGACACAAUAGCGCUGCUGGACCACAUUCAAGUCUACCACAUAGUAUAACUGGCGAGGAACUUGCUUUUAUAUUUGGAGCACCAUUGGCCCCAGCAGGACCAUUUCACAAUAAAUACAAUGCACAAGAGAAACUUCUAUCUGAAGCAGUGAUGUCUUAUUGGACUAAUUUUGCUAAAACCGGAAAUCCAAAGGCUCCAUGGAAGGGAACAUUUAUUAAUUUACAUGCCCUUGAGUGGGAUCGAUAUGAUUUGGAUUGGCCGGAAUUUAACAAAAGAAAUCAAUGUUAUAUUAAUAUUGGUAUUCCCCCUUCUAUUGGCUACAAAUAUCGUUACGAAUACAUGAACUACUGGAACAAGGAACUCCCAAAUGAACUCAACCAAAUCGGCAACAUUCAACAACAGCCGUAUAUUCACACAUUUUCAAAUUUACCUGCCCAAGUAUCACGAGGUGGAACAUCACUUUACCCCAACGAAGUUGUAACCGGUCAUAUGAGUAAAUUUCCACCCACACACCGCGAACACAAUACCGAUGAUCCACAACGAACUCUAAGAUUACUCCUCCAAAAAUCACAUCCAUCACCGAUAGUAAAAGAAACUGCCGAUAACAUGUACAACGCACCACCAACAUUUGGAAUAAUCCAUCGUGAGAAAUCAGAAGAUGACUCUACAACAACAACUAUAUCAACUCCCAUCGCUGGCGACAAUAAGGAAGUCGCAAAAUCAGAAAGUACAAUGCAUCUGCUUAUCGGUCUGAUUGCAGUUUUCAUAGUACUCAAUGUAAUCAUCUAUUCAACAUUUCUGAUACAAAAGAAAAAGAAAAACACCAUCAUGGGACGAAAACUUGGAAUCCUCUCCUAUGACGGUACAACUGACGACGAACUAAAACGUUCGAAAAACAACGAUGGCGAAGACAGCUACGUCUUGGAUAUGGUUCGCAAAUCCAAUACUUAUGAAGCUGUCAAAACAAAUCAUUCCCCAAUAAAUGGCUUCAAAAUCACACGCCAAUUAAGUUCUAGCACAAUGGACGCCCACACCAAAGUUUGUGAUUGGAUGUCACAUGAAAAUGCAACCAAAAGCAGUCCAAAAAGUUCAAAAAGAAGUUCUUCGCCAACGUUUUCCUUUCGGAGUAAAAACUUUUUCAAAAGACCACAAAAGGUAAGUGUGGCUAUUGAUGCAACGCCCCAAGCCCGCAGCAACAGUGUUAUGCGCCAAGAGCCAAUCGAAGUUACAAAACUCAAAACCAGCGACAACCCCCGCAACUUAAUCAUAUGUCAAGAAGUAGACGUUGACACUGACCUUAUAACCGAAGAGUCUAUUGAUUCUAGUUGUUUUAACACAAGUUGCAGUUCCUUAAUGUUAGCUCAGCAUCAGCAAACUAACAAUGACGACGAACACCAGCAGGGGUUGCGCGUAGAUCACAAACACUCUCGUUCCGACCCAGUUGAUAUGUACUACACUGUGUAUGGCAACAAGGACGAGAAAGUCACCAGUUUCAUUAACGAAGACAUUAAUGUUACCUGCCGUGAGCCAAACUCUCAGAAGUAUCCUACACUCACUCCCGAACAGCAGAUAUACGCCAUUAAACGUCGUAACUUUCCCAAAGUUCUGCCCAACUAUCCGUGUGAUUCAUUUGGUAACCAUACUGUAGCACAAACCACAUCAACUUCACUGGCUUCUACUGCUACUGCUGCCGGUGUGCCAGGAACUAAUGACCGACAAUCGAAUAACUUCAAGAGAAACUCAUUGCCGCCGAAUAGUUUUACGCCCAAUCAAAUGGGUAAAAUGCCACCAAUGCCACCGCCAAGGACCAUUUCCACUCUCGGUCGAAAGCCACCAUCGUUGCGACGACAAAGUCACAGCAUAACCACAUCACCGGUAAUGCUAGCACAGGAUUGCUGCUCCGAAGAAGAAGACGAACCAGAAAUCACACAAAACACCCUCAUUGUUGGCCCGAUUAUACCAAAGAAUCUGGAAAGUAAUUAUUCCACAGUGAAUAAAAAGAAACCAACACCAACCUAUCUUGGACUUGAGCCCGGAAAAAUCAUCAAAAAUUGCACUUCUGCAUCUGCAUCAGCACCGGCUACUCCAUCAGCUUUCGAAAAUGUUGAUCCAUUUUCACAAGGUAAGCAUAAUAAUAAUCUGAGGCAGCAGUCGGGAAUGAGACAAUCCGGAAUGGUGUCCUUACCUUCGUCAGCAACAUCUGUAUGCAGCACUUUCCAACCAACAGCCGCCUUUGCAUCACACCAUACAGAGGCAACUCACACUAUUCAACCUCAUGUCACAGAUUUGACGCCUUUGGUAAUUAAACAAAGUAUGCAAGCAAUUUCUGCAAUGGAUAAGUCAAAUAUUCCACGGGUGCAUAUGACCAGCGCCAGCGGUGGUGGAUUCACUCCCCCAACAAGUCGCAAGACAACAGCUCCCUCUGCCGGUGGAAAUUGUGACACUAUAGGGAGCCAAACCUCGCGAAUACCACAGAUGAGAGGAAAUGCAGGAAAGCAUAUUCCAUCCCCGAUAUCGAGCAGUUCCUCAUCGUUACAGAAGACUGCAGAUUUACCUAAAUCGGAACAAACGACACCUGCAGGAGCAGCAGCAGCACCAAUCGGCGGCGGCACAGCUGGAAAACUAGAAAAUUCCAAACACGAAUCAUCAUCAUUUGGGUCAUCAGUGGAUUCGUCGUCAUCCUCAGAUGAUACCACUUCGAGUACGGGAACUGUUAGAACUGAGCUUAAACAAAAGUAGUUUAUAGAUAGAUUCGAAUUAUUUUAUUUUAUUUUUUUUUCCACUUUGCUCGCACAUUCGCUUCUCUUAAUUGGGAUCAAUAUGAAGCCCAUAUGGAGUAUUUUUUGCUUAUGGAAAUUAAAAAUAUCCUUGAAAUUGGAUAGAAAAAUCAAUGAAAACCGUACAAUCAUUUUUUAAGAAAGAAAAUCUACCUUGGAAGUAUUUUCUUUUGUAUUACAAUAAAAUUAUCAUUUUUA